UUAUAACACACACCAACAGUCAUGUGAUGGCAAUAUAGUACUACUACAGUAGGCAGCAGAAUCCGAGAAGCGUCGCCUGGCAUUGCAAUGAGAAGCUUCUUUCAAGGGCAAAUUAAAAGCACGUAUCUACAGUUUAUAUUUUUUAAUCGGGGUGGGGGAAAGAUAUACAUUGGAAUAUAGGAAUCUGUGCUUUUUAAAUCUGAAAUAAGAAAGGGGAGGAAGGGAACCUUAUUCAGUCACAGAGUUCACCAUACACCUGAAUUUAAAAAGAAAGACUCUAAAAUUUUUGUCUUUUGGACCAGGAAUGGUGGAUCACUUGGUAGCAUCUGAGGAGAUCUUUUUGUCCUGCACGGGCUCCCCGUCGGCACAUCAUCCGGCGGACAUGGUGACUGACGCCGGAAGCUACCAGGUGCUUCCCUCGCCAUUCUCUGAGGAUGACUUGAGCGACUCAUCCAGUCCGCGCUCCUGCUCCAGCCCCGAGUCUCAGGUGCUCAGCUCUAGCUACGGCAGCAGCUCCAGCGCUGAGAGCCAGGACAGCAUCCUUGACUUCCUGCUUUCCCAGGCCACCUUGGAUGGUGCAUCAGCAGCCCCCAUCUGUGAUGUCCUUUGGGGGUCCCGGAAAGACUCGUCACCACAGCCUGUGAAAGAGGAGAGCUUUGAGUUCCCCAUCUUUGCGGCUGAGAUGGAGGCCCAGACUGGGCUUUUCCAGCCCACCCUUGAGGAGAUUGAAGAGUUCCUUGAGGAAAAUAUGGAGGUAGUAGCCUUGAAGCAGGAGGUGGGUGAAGGGACGACCUUGGAGAUGUGCGGACAGAGGUCAACAGUGUCUGAUGGUGACACUCAACUCACAGACCAAACAGUGCCUAGCACUGGUGUUGUUGUCAUUGCAGGAACCAAGAGCAAAAGUACACAGUCAGUGCCUAGCAUAAGCUCAAGCUCCUCAAACGGGAUUACAAAGCAGGUGGCCUCAAGCAAACCUCAAGACACUAGUGGGGUUCCUGUCAUUCUGCAGAUUCAGCCUGUCCAGAUCAAACAAGAACAGAGUGCUCUUCCAGCCACACCAGACAUUAAAAUCGCCCAGCUGCUGGUCAAUAUUCAUGGACAAACCUUUGCCUUGGUUCCACAGGUGGUCCCGUCCACCAGUCCCAACAUAUCCUCAAAGUUUGUCCGCAUCGCUCCAGUCCCAAUUGCUGCCAAGCCUGUUGGCCUUGGAGAGGGUGGUGCUGGGAGCCAGGCACUGGGCCUGUUUGCAGGCAGUCAGAAAUUCCAGAAGAAUCCUGUUGCGGACCUCAUCAAAAUGCACAAAUGCACUUUCCCGGGAUGUACCAAGAUGUACACCAAGAGUAGCCACCUGAAGGCUCACCUGAGGAGGCACACAGGAGAGAAGCCCUUUGCCUGCACCUGGCCUGGCUGCGGAUGGAGGUUCUCACGUUCGGAUGAGUUAUCCCGACAUCGUCGCUCCCACUCUGGUGUGAAGCCCUAUCAGUGCCCCGCUUGUGACAAGAAGUUUGCCCGCAGUGACCACCUGUCCAAACACAUCAAAGUCCACCGAUUUCCACGAGGCAGUCGGACAGUGCGAGCCACCAGCCGACCCCCAGGACCCCCCAUGGACUGAGCGAGAUAUGAUCGUGUGUAUGUUGUAGAGUGGAUGUAUGUUGAGAUAGCUCAGUUAUGGUACUGUCAUAAUUUAUUGUUUGAAGCAAAAAAAAGGAAAAAUCAGAGAAAGCAAAAACACAAACUGUUACUUGAUAUUACAUCUGUAUAGAUGUUCAUAAUGUCUUGGAUUUUUGUAUUAAGUCUUUUUGCUUCCUAUACAAAAUUUAAAUUAAAAAAGAUCAACAGUAUAUUAUUCAAAAUAUUGUUUUUUUUUUGUACUUUGAGGUCUGAUUUAUUGAUAUAUCUGCCUUACGAGUUGCAUGAACAGUAACAAAAGCAUCAACAUUCCUUGUAUUAUGUAAUGAUGCCUAUCAAUAGCUGUGGAUUUUCAGUUGUUACCUAAACCCUUAAAAGAACACAGAGACACAUGUGAAAAUCUGAACUACUGAUUAACACCAGGAUCAUGUCAGGAUAAGCUACAAAUAAACUCAGAGAUGUUAAUUUUUAUUAUGAAGCAUCGUUACAAGAAAAGAAAACUGUGAUCCACUCAGCAUUUGUUAAGAAGUAGUCCAACUGACCAACAAUGAACCAAGAUGAAAAGCAAGAUGCACAUUUAUGAUUGUGAGAGGAUUUUGUCUUUGGACUAGCUGCCCUUUUAAUCAGUAUUGCAAUAUUUGUUUUUAUCUUGUCUUUUAAUAAGCCACUGGUUUUAUUAUUUUUUGUUCUUACGAUUAAAGUCAGUGUUUAUUAAGGCCAAUAUACUUUUAAUAUCAAAAUCUCAUAUACAUACUUGGCCUUACCAGAUUAAACAUGCUUAAUGGGGCCAAAUACUCAGUCGAGGUAUUUCUGGUAGCCAGGAUUUUUGAGCGCAAAAAAAAAAAAAUGCUGUCAGUACGAUGGUGCACAAAAAAAAGUAGUAUUAUUAUGGCCUGUGGAGCAGCUGAAGCCACAGGACUCAAAGUCUCUUUAUUGCUGAAACAAAAUCUGCCUCAAGUCAUCAAAAACACGAGAGUGAAGCAGCCGCCCCUGUCGCUUGAACGAUGCUGUGGCUCCGUGAUUUUGGUGUCACUUGUACACAAGAAAACUGGAAGUGCAUGGUGCUAAACUUCCUGCGAACAACCCAGCCCAAUGGGCAACAUGGAGAUGUUUUUGGUGUCUGUUGAAUGUGUAAUGUCACCCGGGGCCAGCCUUGUUCCCUGACUACCUUGCAUACAAUUUCACGUUGGCGGAACUCACUUAUCAUUUGACACUGAGAUCAGGGCAGUGAGCAGGCUUGGACAGGGAGUGUGUAUCCGGGAAGGCAGUGUCCACGGUGGGAGAAGGUGUUUGUAUUGUUCUGUGCAUUCCUACAUGCCCUUAAUCCAACCCGGGUCAGCCUGUACGCCAUGGAAAUGCAGAAGCAAUCGUGAUUGGUUAUUGUGUUGGUGUUUAAAAGACUCUGCAUACAGCAAUGCAUUCCUCCCGUCUGAAUGAAAUGUUUGUUAUAUAACAGGUGUGUGUCACAAACAAUGAAUGUAUGUAAAUAAGCAGACGUGAAGCUGCAUUCAUGUGAAUCAGAAGAUCCUUCCAGUAACACCAUAAGUCUGUGACCUUGUAUAUUUCCGGUAGAAAGCUGUAUACAAGUGUAUAUAACGACAAUUCAUUAUAUAUAAAUAUAUAUUAUAUAUUUUUUCCCUGUUCUUCAUAAGAGGCAUUUACAAAUAAAUAAAUAAAAAAAGUUUUGUGUGCAA